UUUCUUUACCAAAGUCCUUUUUAUUUUUUGCAAUGAAGAUGAAUAACCUUUUCUUAUUUCAAUGGCUUCUUUUAUUGAUCUUCACAAAAACAUCAUUAAUUUUUUCAAAACCUCAUAAAAUCCCAAGACUAACACCACUUAUUCAAAAUAUACUUCAAGAUCAUUCUAAUACCUUUUCUUCUUCAACAAAUGAUGAUCUUCCAAAAGAAUUUGAGACUUACUACUAUAAACAAACACUUGAUCAUUUUAAUUAUGGACCAAAAAGUUAUUCAACUUUUAAACAAAGGUAUAUAAUUAAUUCUAAGUAUUGGGGUGGUUCCAAUUCAAGUUCUCCAAUUUUUGCCUAUCUUGGUGCUGAAUCUUCUAUUGAUGGAGACCCUCUUGGUGUUGGAUUUCUCACUGAUUUUGCACCUCAAUUUAAGGCUCUUCUUGUUUACAUGGAGCAUAGGUAUUAUGGAGAAUCAACACCAUUUAAGACAAUGGAAGAAGCUGUAAAAGAUGAAGAUACUAGAGGAUAUUUCAAUUCAGCACAAGCUAUAGCUGAUUAUGCAGAACUUUUGUUACAUAUUAAAGAAAAAUAUUCAGCAAAAAAUUCUCCAAUUAUUGUCAUUGGAGGAUCCUAUGGAGGAAUGCUUGCUUCUUGGUUUAGAAUGAAGUAUCCACAUAUAGCUCUUGGUGCUUUAGCUUCAUCAGCUCCAAUUCUUUAUUUUGAUAAUAUCACUCCACAAAAUGGAUAUUAUUCAGUUGUGUCAAGGGAUUUUAAAGAAGCUAGUAAGAGUUGUUACCAUACUAUAAGAAACUCAUGGGCAAUAAUUGACAAGAUUGCUUCUAGAAAAAGUGGACUCUCCUAUCUCAGUCGAAAAUUCAAGACGUGUUCGAAGUUGAAUGAUCCAUUUGAGUUGAAGGAUUAUUUGGAUUCAAUGUAUUCAGUGGCUGCUCAGUAUAACAGCCCACCAAGUUACCCAGUAACAAUAGUUUGUGGUGGAAUUGAUGGUGCACCAAAAGGAAGUCAUAUUCUUGAUAGAAUUUUUGCUGGAAUUGUUGCAUAUAGUGGAACUUCAUCUUGUUACAACAUGAACCCCAAGCCUAGUGAAACAGGUUUGGGAUGGAGAUGGCAAACAUGCAGUGAGAUGGUGAUGCCUAUAGGGCGUGGGGAAAAUGACACAAUGUUCUUUUCAGCUCCUUUCAAUUUGAAUAAUUUCAUAACAGAUUGCAAGAAGAAGUAUGGUGUCUCACCUCGUCCACAUUGGAUCACAACUUAUUAUGGAGGAAAAGACAUAAAAUUAAUUCUUCAAAGGUUUGCUAGCAAUAUUAUUUUCUCUAAUGGGCUAAGAGAUCCUUAUAGUAGUGCAGGGGUUUUGCAAGACAUAUCUCAUAGUCUACAAGCUGUCCACACACGUAACGGUUCCCAUUGUCUAGACAUUCUUUCUAAAGACUCAUCUGAUCCAGAAUGGCUAACCAUGCAAAGGAACACAGAAGUUAAAAUAAUUGAAGGAUGGAUAACAAAGUAUUAUGCUGAUCUCAAGGCCCUCAAAAAAGGCAAAAUGCACUAAUUAAACAAUAAUUAGUCCACGAUUACUAUUAUUAGCCAUUAUCACUAUUGUCAAUCAUUUGUAUUACUUAUUUUCAAUAAAGAUAAAUUUUAUAAAUUUAAA